UGGUGUGUGGGAGUGUUUGAUUUUGCAAUGUAUGCAAGACAGUGGGCUCAAAACAACCCACAAACAAUGACUUUGCUGUAGCUUGAAAAACCGUUUUAGGUUCAUAGAAUCAAACCUGCUCCGAGUCGUCAUGGGGAGAGCCUCGGUGCUGCUUACUGUCUUUGGGCUUCUGCUGGCUUUGACUGCGUCACUACCAAACAAGGAUGACUGGGACAUUUACAGCUUUCACAUCAACUCCACUGUGACCAGCCGAUAUGCCACCACCGUCAUCACAAGCCGUGUGGCCAACCGUAUGAACGAACCAAAAGAAAUUGAAUUCCAUGUUCAGAUUCCCAAGAAUGCCUUCAUCAGUAGGUUCAGAAUGAUGAUGGAUGGUCAAGUGUAUGAUGGAGUUGUGAAAACUAAGGAGCAAGCUCAGGAGCAGUACACUAGAGCUGUGUCCCGUGGCGAAAGCGCUGGGAUUGUCCGCUCUGUUGGAAGAACCAUGGAGGAAUUUAAAACCUCUGUAACUGUGGCGGCCCACCAAAAGGUCACCUUUGAACUCACCUAUGAGGAGCUGCUGAAGCGAACCCACGGCAAAUACGAGCUGCAGAUCUAUGCUCGACCCAUGAAGCCUGUCGAAGACUUCAAGGCUGAUGUGCACAUUCACGAGAAAGCCGGCGUCAGUUUUGUUGAUGUGAAAGGAGGGCUGAGCACCAAAGCCUUGGCUAAUGCUAUCACUAAAACACAUGCAGAUAAACAGGCAUGGGUACAUUUCUAUCCAACAGUGGACCAACAAAAAAAUUGUGACAGCUGUGGAGAAGAAGGGAUGAAUGGAGAUCUGGUUAUAACUUACGAUGUCAACAGAGACAAUGGAUUUGGAGACAUUAAGACUUCUGAUGGGUACUUUAUCCAUCACUUUGCUCCAUCAAGUCUUCCACGAAUACCAAAGAAUGUUGUCUUUGUUAUCGAUCGAAGUGGCUCAAUGCGUGGCAGAAAAAUUACACAGACGCGAACUGCUUUACUCCGUAUUUUGAAUGACCUGGCAGAAGAUGACUUCUUUGGUCUCAUCAGUUUUGACAGGGAAAUAAUUCACUUUAAACCGGAACUCGUUCAAGCCACUGCUCUAAAUCUGGAGGGAGCGAGAGAGUUUGUGAGGAAUAUUGAAGACAGAGGAAGUACAGACAUCAACGCAGCAGUGUUGGAAGGAGCCCGUAUCCUGAAUGAACAUCCCAGAGAAGGCUCAGCUUCCAUCCUUAUACUUCUCACAGAUGGAGACCCAACAUCAGGAGUGACAAAUUUUGACACAAUACAGUCCAACGUAAAACAGGCGAUUGCAGGAAAGUUUCCUCUCUACUGUCUUGGUUUUGGAUUUGACGUUAAGUUUGAGUUCUUGGAGAAAAUGUCGCUGCAGAACAACGGUGUAGCAAGACGGAUUUAUGAAGACUCUGAUGCUGACUUGCAGCUUAAGGGUUUCUAUGAUGAAGUGGCCACUCCUCUCCUAACAGAUAUCACAAUGAUCUAUGUCGGUGGAACCAAUCUAACCAAGACUAACUUCAGUCAGUAUUAUAACGGCUCUGAGAUCGUGGUGGCCGGUGAGAUCAUUGACAACAAUGUAGAAAUCUUCACUCCUCAAGUUGUGGCCAUUUCAAGCAAACAAAAAGUAACAUUUUCUAACACAAACGGCUCUGUGGAUUCUUCGGUCAGUGAUGGAUUUCUUCAGAGAGUUUGGGCCUACCUCACAGUUAAACAGCUUUUAGAGAAAGAGCUUUUAUUAUCUGGACCUGAGAAAGAAAAAGUGAAUAAAGAGGCUUUGGAGUUGUCCCUGACGUACGGCUUUGUGACACCACUCACAUCCAUGGUGGUCACCAAGCCUGAGGGGGAGAGCUCAGAAAUUCAUCACAAACCGAAGGAGAGGGAAGAACCACUGCCUCAGAGUUAUCACAGGUCUCCGAUGAUUAGCUAUGAUCAGCGUCGGAGAUUUAUCAAGUCGUUUUCGGGACGAUCUGCCUCAUUAAGGCCUCGGACAUGGACACCGUUUGAAUGGAAACCGUUUGUAUAUGAUGGUUUUCCUACAAGACGUUACAGUUACCCUCCACUUGCUCCUGUUUCUCACAGAUUUUUGAUGAAAACUGCGAAUGACACUCAUCCACUCUGCUUUGACAUUGUUGGAGCUGUAAUUGUUAAACUUCUUCAUCAUCCUGGCACAGAGCUUUACAUAAAUGGUGUGUUGGACUCAAUAAAAAAUGGUGGCUUCAAUGAGAUCGUCAUCCACGUCGGCGCUGACUUCCAUAUCAAGGUGGAACCAGAGAGAAUCAGCCUUCAGCAGGGACAAAAUAUAACUCACUACACAAGAGCGGAAAACGUCACAGCUGGAAGAUUUACAGUGAACAGGAUUAAAAAGCACACAGAAGUUACAGAUGGCGACAUGCGUUUGGUCAUCUUAGUCCAUGAGAAGCAUGGGAGGAAAUUCCUUUGGCCUGUAUUAAGACAGCUGCCAUCUGCUGGCGACACUGAAGGACUUUUAGCUUUAAAUCGUGUGCAGUAUGAAGAGGUUCAUCAAGAUGCUCACACUAAAGUGAAGACAGCAAAAGGAGAGACUGAUGCUCAGCGUUCCACAGCUGUUGACCUCAGAAUUAGGAGACCCGUAGAAGUCGGCUGUUGGCUUAUUCCUGCUGACUUUGUCCUGCCAAGACCUUUGACUGAUUUUCUUGUUGCCCAUGUUUAACUGAAAGUCCUGAUAAUUAAAUCAGAAAAAUUGCAAGUUACAACUUAAUCCAAAAAAACAAGUCAAGGUAGGUUUAAUUUACCAUGUUAAAAUGCACAGAACAUAGCAGAAUUGAUACAAAAUUACAAUUAACAAUUAGUCUGAAAAAUGAUUUAUUUUGUAAUUAAGAAGUUAUCACAUAUUUCAAAUACAUAUUUUGCAACGAUCAAAAAUAGGAUUCAUUUGCAGUCGAAUAGAAACUAAUUAAUGUUCCUUACAUUGAUUAAACACAGACCCCAGACACACUCUACGUAGUUCAAUUGUAAUUUCAUCAGUGUUUAUGCUUUCCAAUAAAAUAAAUGACACAAUUCCUGGUGAGCGGCAUAACAGUGUUUCUUAGCUUUUGGUCUCCAAAGCAGAGAUUCCUGAAUGUUUAUUUUUUAUUUGUUGGGGGGUGGGUGGGUCUUCUAUGCAGUCUUUCUUUUGUGCUUUACCCUGACCCUUGUGUCUUUAAUCUCUUUAAUGCUUGCAUUUAAAUCUAAGUGUAUUAUUGCUUUUGCCUGCUGUCACCACUUGUCCCAUCUCCCUGCCAACCUUGUUUGUCAAAUUAGUAUUCUAAAAAAAAGCUGUACAUACUUGAAAAAGUCAACAGUAAAUUUUUCCUUGACAGCACAA